AUGUCAUCCACACAUCAACAUCGAACUAUCAAAUCCGAGCCAACAAACCCUCAAAUCUGGGAACUUCCACCCAGUGUGCCACUCCCGAAAUUGCCGCUGGAAGAUCCAAAUCGUAAGAUGACAAUCAACCAAUACCUGUCAAUAUCAAAAAACCCACAAAAAGUGGAGCAGAAGUGGCCCACGAUCGAUAUUCCGAUGAAAGAAAAGGAAGUAUUGAAACUGGUCAUUUUGGAUUGCAUCUCGAGGGCACCAGAAAUCAUCGAAAAUAAAAACACAAAGACUGUUCACCUGGAUUAUGCAAAGGUCGCGAUCCAGGUAUUCCGGAGAACCGGCUACAUCCUGAGCCCGCAGGUGCUCAUGUUCGUGUUCAGGGCAGCCAAGGAGCAACUCAGAGUACACCUGCGAGCGGCAAUUUCAACAAAAUUGGUGUCACCAGCGGAAGUUGAAAAGAGGAUGUGGGAAUGGCCCGUUUACGGAUUCAUUCGUUUCUACCGGUGCAAACUCCAAAAAUGGGAAGCACAACUCCGUCAGAAAUAUAUAAAGCCGGCAGGUGGAGAUCAAGUUGUCUUUGAUAUCGAUGACAAUCAGUUGGAAGACGAUCAGGAAAUGUUCUUUGCCGUCGAGGAGGAGUCCUAUGAAGAAGAGGAUAUUGUAUGGGAAACAACACAAAGCGAAUCUCCACCCGCGAUUCUGAGCUCUACGGUGAAUAUCAAGUUGGAUCACCAUGAGCAAUUCCAAGAACAACCGACAUCUAGUUCGCAUGAUCAAUGGAUUCCCUCAAUGGACAAUACAUUUGAGCAUCAACCGGAAGGAAUUAUUCCAAUAGAUCAAAUGAAUCAAUUAGAUCAGACAGAUGACCAUGAAAAUACAGAAAUGAAGAUUGUUGGCUACACAUCCAAUCUCACGGAUGAACAACUAGAGGAUAUUAGAGAAUUUCAGAUCAGCAUGGAACAUAUCAGUCACCAGGCAAAUCGUGUGGCUCGCCGUCAACCAGAAAAGAUAAACAGAAUGCGUCAGGCUCUUUUUCUCGCCGUUUUUGAGUUGGAGAAGAGUGACGUCACUGAUAUGGGCGAGUUCUUUGCUGGGAUGGCUGAAUUGUAUAGAAGCAAAUGA